CGCUGUCAAAGGCGUUCGGAUGACACGUGGUCUUCUUCUGCAAAGAUUCACCGUUAUCAGAUACGUGAUUAGACAUCUGUGCUCGUCAGAUAGAAUGCCGAAGAGGCCUACGCAAAGUGCCCCGGACAGAAAGGCGAUUCAGAACCCCGCUGCAGGUACCCCAGUCGGCUCGUAUCCCACUGGUGGAACUAACCUCAAUCCUUCGCGCGUCGAGAUGGUGGAAACGGAGCGUGCGGCCAGCGACGAUGACCGUCGUCGAGUAGAGUAUUUGGAGACACCCGUGAAGUCGGAAAACGACAAGAAGGAGUACAGAGUCAUCAGAUUGCAGAAUGGCUUGACAGCUUUAUUGGUAUCUGACAUAUAUUCAAAAACAAGUGCUUCGCAAGACGAAGAUGAUGAGGAUGAAACCAGUGAAGAUGAAACGGAAGGUGAAAGUGAGGAAUAUGAUGAUGAAGAGGAUGAUGAUGAUGAUGAUGAGGAUGUUGAUGAAGAUGACAUGGACAGUGCAAGCGACGAUGAAGUAGGCGUUUCAACUAAACACGUUAAGAGAGAGGAAAAGAAGGCAGCAUGUGGUUUGUCCAUAGGCGUGGGCAGUUUCAGCGAUCCACCGGAGAUCCCAGGCAUGGCGCAUUUCCUCGAGCAUAUGGUCUUCAUGGGAUCAGAGAAAUAUCCUCAAGAAAACGAAUUGGAUUCGUUUCUCAGUAAGCACGGUGGCUUCUCGAACGCUAUGACCGAUUGCGAGAUCACGACGUUUUACUUCGACGUGCAAGAGAAGUAUCUAUUUCCAGCGCUCGAUCGCUUCACUCAGUUCUUCAUCAAGCCUUUGAUGAAGAAGGACGCCAUUUCGCGCGAGCGCGAGGCCGUGGAAAGCGAAUUUCAGUUGGCCGUACCGGACGACGAGAACAGGAAGGAGCAACUGUUCUCGACUUUCGCGCGCGCGGGCCACCCGGCUGGCAAGUUCGUCUGGGGCAAUCUGGUAACGUUGCGCGACAACGUGGACGAUGAUGUGCUCUACGCGGAGCUACACAAAUUCAGAGAACGUCAUUACAGUGCCAACAGAAUGACGCUGACCAUACAGGCGAGACUGUCGCUGGACAAGUUGGAGGAAUACGUCACGACGUGCUUCACGGACAUACCGAACAACGGACUUCCACCGACCGACUUCACCGAGUUCAAGGACGCCGUUUCCUUCGAUACUCCAGCAUUCCGAAGGAUGUACAACAUCAAGCCCGUCAAGGAUUACGGUCAGUUGGAGUUAACAUGGGCGAUGCCUUCGCUGCUCGAUUUCUACAAGAGCAAACCGCACGACUACGUCUCGUGGAUUCUGGGACACGAGGGGAAAGGUUCCUUAAUCAGUUAUCUGCGCAAGAACAUGUGGGCUGUGGACAUACUUUGCGGCAGCAACGAGAAUGACUUCGAGCACAAUUCCAUGUACGCUCUGAUGAAGCUGACCGUGAUGCUCACCGACAAGGGACAGGAACACCUAUCGGAAGUGUUGGACGCGAUUUUCUCUUUUAUCAAUUUGAUGAGAAGAGAGGGCCCGCAGAAGAGGAUCUACGAUGAAAUCUGUCAGAUCGAAGAGACCGAUUUCAGAUUUUCCGAGGAUGAAGACCCAGUGGAUUACGUGGAGCGUUUGUGCGAGAACAUGCACUUCUACCCACCGCGCGACUACAUAAUAGGGGAGAGCCUCUACUUCGAAUACAAUCCGGAGCUUAUACGGUGCUGCAUGGACCGCUUGGUGCCGGAGCACGUGAACAUUAUAGUCCUCAACAAUAAAUUCACUGACAAGGAGCUGCACAAGGUUGAGCCGUGGUUCAACACGCACUAUGACGACCUCGAAGUACCGCGGGAAGCAAUCGAGCGUUGGAAAACGAUCGAACCGCUGCCGGAAUUCCACUUGUCGUUGCCGAACGAGUUCCUCACCAGCGACUUCUCCCUCAUAACGCUACCGGCGAACGUAGCGAAGUAUCCCACGAAGGUGUACGGCAAUUUGAUCUGCGAAAUUUGGUAUCGUCCGGAUACGAAAUUCCUUCUGCCAGAUUGCUUCGUGAACUUCCAUCUCAUCAGUCCCCUGGUGCUCCAGUCGUCGAAGAACACAGCUCUCAUGGAUUUGUACGUCACGAUAUUAAAGCUGCUACUAGUUGAGGAAUUGUAUCCAGCCACAGCGGCUAAUCUCGACUACGACAUUACCGCCAGCGAGAAGGGUAUCACCGUGAAAGUGAAUGGGUUUAACGAGAAGCUACCACUCCUGUCGAGAACUAUCGCAGAAUACAUACGGAAUUAUUCGAAUCUUGUGAAAAUCGAUUUAUUUGAGCUCGCGAAGGAGCAGCAGCUCAAGAAAUAUUACAACUCGUUCAUAAGGCCUGGGAAGCUUGCCAGGGACGUAAGACUGUGCAUACUGAAGCACGUUCACUAUACGUACAUAGACACGUACACCGUUUUACGUGACGUCUGUUUCGAGGAAUUUCAAGACUUCAUCAAAGAUUUCACCGAUCACCUGUACAUACAGUGUCUCGUGCAAGGCAACACGACGGAAGAGGCUGCGGUGGAGAAUGUGAAAAAGUUUGUCGAGAUACUCGAUUGCGGAUCGCUGCUUCCCGAUAUGAUACCGCAAAUGAGAGUCUCGCAGAUACCUUCGGGCGCGCACUACUGCAAGUUGAGAAAUCUCAAUAAAACCGACGCGAAUUCCGUAGUGGUGAAUUACUAUCAGGCAGGAGUCGAGUCGAUCGAGCUGUCGGUGUUGAUCGAUUUGCUGAUGCUACUAAUGGAGGAGCCGUUGUUCAACAAGCUCAGAACGCAGGAGCAGCUCGGCUACGACAUUUCCUGCAGCUUGAGGAACAUCUACGGGGUUUUAGGGUGUUGCAUCACAAUUUACAUUCAGGCGAACAAGUACACGACUGAGCACGUGGACCGGCGGAUCGAGGAAUUUUUAAAAUUUUUUAUGAAAACUUUAGAAGAAACCUCGGAAGAGGACUUCAACAACGCGAAGGAUUCGCUGACGAAAUUGAAGCAGUGCGUCGAUAUCGACUUGCAGGAGGAGUUCGACAGGAACUGGAAUGAAAUUACGAAGUGGCAGUACAUGUUUGAUAGAAUCGAGAGGGAAGUCGUCGCGAUACAGAAUAUCACGAUGAACGAGGUGAAGGAUUGGGUCAUGAAGUAUACGCCGAACGGAGGCAACUACAGGAAAUUGAGCGUACACGUCGUGGGAACUGCUCCGAACGAGAAUAAAGACAUGAAGAACGAAGAAAAGACGAACGAUCUCAACAAUAUCGAAGUUUCCGACGUUACAGAGGAUGGCAAACCGGAUUCGGAAUACUUGCAGUACUCCUUAGAAUAUACAAUUGAUAAAAUACGAGAUAAUCACAUUACUGACAUACAAAAGUACAAGCAGCGGCUCGAACUUUAUCCACCGAGUGAAGGGAUUCAUCCUAUGCUAGACAAAUGACGCUCCAACAAUAACGUGUAAUCGGUUAAUAAAAUGAUAAAUCAUACUACUACCUUAAGAAAUGUCAUAGCUCUUUUCUAUUUAUUGAAUUGAUUUACGUGAAGCACUAACUCUAAGAAAUACUCUACGAUGGAAUGCGGACUUUAGGGAACAGUUUUCUCGUAAAUAUUUUACAGGCUACUGUCUCUACUCUCGAUGUAUACGUUGCCGUUAUUGUAACAAUUAAUGAUAUGAAAAAAUGAAAUUAUACAUUAAUAAAUUACAACGCAUACACGUAAACUUCGAUAUUUCAGGCGUUAUUUAAUAUUUAAUAAGUUAAUAUGUAGGAAAAACCGUCUUUCAAUUGGAAUGAAAUUUCUUAAAGAACGUUAGUUAGCAUUUAAGCAGUAGUUUGCGAGCUUUUUACAAAUUAUUCGUCGUUUACCGUCGCGCACUUUUCGUAAAAUAUUAUAAAAUUAAUAAUUAAAAACGGAAACAUCAUAGGAAAAUGUAAGGAAUAACGAAACAUUGUAAUGAAGAUAGUCGGGAGAUUCUGGCGGAAGAAGAUAAAAAGUAUUCGCUCCGUACACUUUUUCAUAUUCUUUUAAUUGUAUUCAAGACAUGACAACACGUUUUCAAUAAAUCAGUAAACUUCCGAAAA